AUGAAUUUUGAUGCUUCGGACCUCCACUGGGAGAGGCUAUACCGGGAACAAAUCACGAAUGGCGAGUCUCCUCCGGAAUGUGAUGUUUGUUACCGGCUGAAUUGGGUCCUGAGAUGUCCUCGCGGGACGUCAGUGCACCUGAAGCUUGGUGCGUUCACGGACGUCACGCAAGCAUCGUCAUGUCAGUCGCACUCUGGCCUUGUGCGCGGAGUCCGUUGGCCGGGAAGGACACAAAUCCAGGAUGUCCAUGUUUGGAGGGGUUCGGAAGGCUCGAGCGCCCAGCUGGUCGGAGUUGGCCCCCACGGCGACCAGGUGGUUUCCGAGAACCGUUUGGACCUACUGGAAGGCCGCGUGCAAGCUGCAGCAAGGACCGCGGACCACCCUCCUGGAAAGAGAUACAGCAUUGGCGAUAAAGACUGGAUUAACCCGGAGCUGUUUCAGAAGUGGAUGAGAAACUGCCACGAAGAGCAUGGUGAUAGGUGCAAUGUUAUUGACUCACGACUACCUUCUACAAGUCCAUGCUGGCUCGUUGACACAAAGCGCCGAUGUCUGGUUGAAGCGGAGCCGGGGCAGCCUUACGUGGCGCUGAGUUACGUUUGGGGAGCUGCUAACCAAUACAAGACGCUGCGAGAAGACCUCGACCAGCUUCAGCAGGAAGGCUACCUUGACCGUGACGACAUCGCAAUUCCACGGACUAUUAGAGAUGCAAUUGGACUGGUCCCGCUGCUUGGUGGGAGAUACCUAUGGGUCGACUCACUCUGCAUCCUCCAGGAAGACGGGGAAGAACUCUGGGAUCAAAUCCAUGGCAUGGCUUCGAUCUAUGCAAACGCCACGGUGACAAUUGUGGCGGCACAGGGAGAGACUGCCGACUAUGGAUUAAGCGGUAUUCAGGGUGUCUCGAACCCUCGUCAACUCAGCGAUGAGAUCCAUGCCCUUCGUAAUGGCACCCAGAUCUUGAGUUACGGAGACGGGUGGUUCUCUCGGCUCAUGCCCACAAAAUAUGCCUAUCGAGCGUGGACCUUCCAGGAAUACUUGUUCUCCCGGAGGAAAAUAAUUUUCAAGGACGAUUCGGUGCACUGGAAAUGCGAAAGUGCUACGUGGGAAGAGGAGAUUGCGCAGAUUCAAUACCCAAAGCUCGAAUACGGAAUGGGGCAAGCAUCGGGCAUGAGCACCAUGCUGCUGCCCCGCAAGCAGAGGCUUCUGCAGCCGUUGCCCAGCUUGAAUGACUUUGGCAAGCUGGUGUACGCAUUCAACGCAAAACAGCUCACUUACCCAGAGGACCUUCCCUACGCUUUCGCAGGAACAGCAACCAUGCUGAGCAAAAGCUUCGUGGGCGGCAUCAUCUGCGGUCUCCCGGCCAUGUUCUUCGACGUCGCCCUGCUCUGGGGGUCGCACGAGGCGUGCAUGAAGCGGCGGGUGCCGGCGAACGUGCAGGACGAGGCGGCUGAUAUCCUGCCGAGCUGGAGCUGGAUGGGAUGGGAGGGCCGCAUCGACACGGACUCGUGGCGGAGUGGCAACGACUGUUUCCUGCAAGCCAUGGGAGAGAGCCAGACACGCACGGUGCCGACGGUGGUGUGGUUCGUGCGCGAGAGCGUCGAGACGGACCUCCUCCGCGUCGAGAGCACGUGGUGCAAGUACCGGACCGCCAUCGAAGAGUAUGCGCGCGACACGGUGCCGCAGGGCUGGACGCGGCACCGUAUCCCGCUCCGCGACCUCGUGCGCGGCGACUACGACCUGCUCGACCACCCGGACGGCCGCCCGUACGCAUACCGCCACGUCUCGAGCAGGAAGCCCGACAUCGACGAGUUUUCCCUGCACGAGAACUUCGCCUUCCCCAUCCCGCUGGCGUCGGAUGCCCCUGAAGAAGAGCUCGUUGCGCCCAAGAUCUUCACGCCGCUGCUGUCGGGCUGCACCGAGAGGACGUGGCUCUACUUGGGCAAGAGAGGCCCUGAUCGCAGCGUCGAGGACGCCGAAUCGCACGCCUGGCACAAGAUCCCCGGCCCCUUCUCCGUCGUCGACGACGCGGGCAACUGGGUGGGCAUCCUGCAGUCGAACUUCGAAGGCAUCUGCGACAUCGAGCCGAAUGGGCAGAGGAUAGAGCUGGUGGCCCUGUCGAGGGGGUGGUGCUGGGAGGAUGUCGAGGAGGAAGAGGAGGAGGGCGACGACGGCCGGAGUAGCAGCAGGGCCGCAAGGGAGGCGAACAAACGGAAGCCGAUUGAGGAAUGGGAUUAUGAGAAACGGCCUCGGGGCGAGGAGAAAUACGAGUGGUAUAACGUGCUGUGGAUAGAGAGGAGGAAGGGGACGGCGUACCGGAAGAGUGUGGGAAGAGUGGAGAGGAGCGCGUGGGAGAGGCAGACCAAGGAUUCGACGUUUUUGAAGCUGGCAUGA